AUGCAGGUGGCACCAUAUGAUGAGGAAGCCAAAGCCACACUGCCCACUGUGGCUGCUGCCGAUGACCAUGCAACUGGCCUGGCGACCAAUCUGAAUCAUGGCACUGUGCGAGAGAGAAAUGCCUCUCUGACCGUCGCCUCUCCCAGUCGUGCUACUGCCGCGACGCAUGUUACUGCACGCGAUGAUGGCGCUCGUGUGAAACCGAAGCAGAAGCGCAACAAGCCAACGUUGUCGUGUCUGCUGUGUGUCUCACACAAAACAAAAUGCGAUCGUGGUCGCCCGUGUCUGGCGUGCGUCAAAAGACAGUCCCGAUGUGAGUACACAGCUGUUGCAAACUUGAUCGCAUCUGCAGACCGCAAGGACGGCGGGAGCAAAGCCAGAUAUGUCAUGAAGCCGCCCAGUAAAAUCGGGAAGACAAGCCAUAUCACAUCGCCUUCUGGAUCACACACAUCACCCACUGCCACAGAUAAUGGCUGGCCAAAUACGGAGGGUCGAUCGCAAUUGUCUCCCAUGUCUCCGGCUUCACAGACGGAAUCACCAUAUCUAUAUUCCACCCUUCCAUAUUCCCAAAGCUCGCCCAGCAACGUCUUUGGCGUUGGUUCUCAGCAUCCAUUUUCGAAUUACUGGACUUGUCAAGGUGGUCUACCAGAGGUCAUCACAGUGCUUCCCAGCAAACCACAGGCCGAUAUACUAGUGGCCAAAUACUUCGAAGUUGUGGACCCCGUCUAUCCAUUCUUGCAUCGACGAACAUUCUAUUCAGAUUACGAGCUGUUCUGGGCACUUUCGAUGGAAGAGAAAGGCAAGACAGAUGCCUCGCUGAUUGCUCUACAUUAUGCCAUCUAUGCUCUUGGUACGCAAUUCAUGCAGUUCACGCCUUACGAGGAACGAUCGCAAACCGCAGAAUUCUACUGCUCGGCUGCAAACCAGGCUUUACGAGUCUAUUCAUAUCUCAACAAAACAUCCAUGCGAGCCAUACAGGCAAUGCUGCUCAUGGCAUAUUUUCUCAUGAACGACAAUCAUGCAUCAGACGCAUACGCCUGGGCGGGAAUUCACCUCCGGCAGACCUAUGCCUUACGACUACAUCGGGAUCCUGAGAUCGUUGUGCCCCAAGCCUCAACAUUAGAGAAACAACAGCGCCGGAAAUUGUGGCAAGCAGUCUUUUUCCAGGAUACAUUUUUGACCAUCCUUCUCAAGCUGCCUCCUACAGCAACCCAUAGCGACGUGCCGGUCGAGUCUCUCGCGGACGAGAACGAGCUGAGCAAUGACGGACUAGAUUCGGACGUUGCCUACAUGAGAAGCAUGUGGCAUCUCGGAAACCUUGUUCAGGAGAAUUUGGCGUCUCCACUGUCCCUAUCCUUGCCCAUUGCGAACAGCCCAAGACAGAAGGAGUCAUUGGUCGCAGCGUUCCGCAGGCUGUACAAAUCAUUUCCAGCGCAACUUACCAUUUUGGACUACAAUGUCCUGCAACAACAAGCGCAGAACAAUUCUCGGGCCGUGCGGCAGAACCUUUUCCUGACAUCCAACUAUUUCCACUGCCUGGCAUUACUGCAGAUGGCGGAGAAUAAAGAGCAAGGCGUUGAGGCGAACGUCAAAGCCGCAUUGGAGGCUGCACACGAAGCAUUGUGUGCCUUCUUCAAGCUGUGGGGCUUAUUUGAGGUCGAAGCAGGUGUUUGGUGGGUAUUCCAACAUCGGGCCUUCGAAGAGGCUCUUUUGAUCGUCAAGUCUCUGGCGAUCCCACCUCCACCAGAGUCUCCAUAUGAUGCUGCUAUCUAUGCCAAGGGCAAAGAAGAUAUUGGAAGAAUGUUGGAAAUCAUGGAGCGUUAUGGCGGGAAUUUGGAAAUGCAUACGACGAGAAAGGAAGUCUUGCGAGAAGCAUUUGAAAGGAUAGUGGUAUGA